UCCUUUGCUAAAUUGAGGACCAUGGCAGGCUGGGCUACUUCUCACGAGCCCUUGUCUAAGGCGAGGCGAGCUAACAUAUCCCCACAGAAAGCUGAGUGUGGACGAUUAGUAAAAAUACUAAUUGACCUGUGUAGAGUUGCAUGGCUGAAGAGAACUAUGAAGUA